AUGGCGCACGAAGAUAGUUUCCUCUAUGCCUUGAGCUCGAAUAACGCCUGGGCGGGCUACAAAGCGCACCAGAACCCCAACUUCUUCCCCAAGCUCGCAAGCGGGCAAUCCCCCCAGAUCCUCUGGCUCGGCUGCUCCGACUCUCGCUGCCCGGAAACCACCAUCCUAGGCCUACAGCCGGGCGACGUGUUCGUGCACCGCAACAUCGCUAAUAUCGUAUCCGCGACGGACAUCAACACGUCGGCGGUGAUCGAGUUCGCCGUCGCCCACCUGCGCGUCGCCCACAUCGUGCUGUGCGGCCACUCGGGCUGCGGCGGCGCCAUCGCCGCCCUCGGGGGCGCCCGUCUGGGCGGCGUCCUGGAUACGUGGCUGACGCCGCUGCGCGCCGUGCACCGCGCCCAUGCGGAGGAGCUGGACGCGAUCAAGGAUGAGAAGGCCAGGGCGGUGAGGGUGGCCGAGUUGAAUGUGCAGGCGGGGGUGGAGGUGUUGAUGGCGAAUGGGGUGGUGCAGGAUGCGGUGCGCGAGAGGGGGCUCGAGGUGCAUGGGUGUUUGUUUGAUAUUGGGAGUGGGAGGGUGAGGGAUUUGGGGGUGGGAACUAAUAAGGGGGGCGUCAGGGCCGGUGGGAGUGGGGAGGAGGUUAGGGGACGGCAUGCGCAGUUGGUGUUUAGGGGCGGGAAUGCAUCGAUGGCGGUGCGGUGA